AUGAACGGGCUUUCAUUUAGCGAGCUUUGUUGUCUUUUUUGUUGUCCGCCAUGUCCCUCUCGUAUUGCUGCAAAACUGGCAUUCCUACCUCCAGAACCGACGUAUACUUUGGUUUCGGACCAAACGGGAUCAAGGUAUAGUUUACAUCUCACAGAGCGAGCAGAAUGGCAGUAUACACAAAAAGAAUUGGAUUGUAUUGAAGUGUUCAUGACAAGAACGACGCGAGGAAACCGUAUUUCCUGUAUGUUUGUCCGCUGUUCACCAAAUGCUCGCUUCACACUUCUAUUUAGCCACGGGAAUGCCGUCGAUUUAGGACAAAUGAGUAGUUUUUAUAUUGGACUUGGAUCACGAAUUAACUGCAAUAUCUUUAGUUAUGAUUAUUCUGGUUACGGAACGAGUUCUGGCAAGCCUUCUGAAAAAAAUCUUUAUUCGGAUAUUGAUGCGGCAUUACAAGCCCUUCGGACUCGUUAUGGUAUCAGCCCACAAAAUGUAAUUUUGUAUGGACAGAGCAUAGGAACUGUUCCAACAGUGGAUUUGGCUUCAAGAUUCGAAGUUGGAGCGGUCAUUCUACAUUCGCCCCUCACGUCCGGUGUUCGGUUGGCAUUCCCGGACACAAAACGAACUUGGUUUUUUGACGCUUUCCCUAGUAUUGAUAAAGUCCCCAAGAUCUCUUCUCCUGUUUUGGUUAUUCAUGGAACUGAUGAUGAGGUGAUUGACUUUUCACAUGGCCUGGCUAUAUAUGAACGUUGUCCAAGAGCAGUGGAACCGUUGUGGGUCGAAGGUGCUGGCCACAAUGAUGUCGAACUCUAUGGACAGUACUUAGAGAGACUGAAACAAUUUAUCCAUACAGAACUAGAUUAUCUAUAUUAG